UUCGACAAACCCCAUCAGCCGCAAAGCCGCCCCUAAAAUACGACUCAGCCUACCUGGCUGUUUUGGUUCUAAGGUUGCUCCCGCAAGCUUCGUGUUACUUCGAGGUAAAACUCUUUUUCAUUUAGACGUAAACCUUCCGUCAGCGUUGUCAAACAAUCGAACGUCGAACGUCGGACAUUAACCUUAAAGUUCUUUCUAGAGCUUAGCCGUUAGAAAAUGGCGGCAAUCAUCGAGAAGUUAGAUAUCAACCCCGAUAAGGUGCCCAACACCAAGCUUGGCCUCCACAUCUUCCAGAUCAUCUUGGGUGUUGUAAUAUUCAUACUCGAGAUCGUUUUAUUUCGAGCAGAUGGUUCAGUCAUCAACGGUAAUAAUGGAUGGCCAUUCGGUCUGUGUUUCUUAUCCGUCCCGGCCUGGAUUUACUUAGCCAUGUCACCACGAUUCGAGCGAACUCGGAAGAUUGCUGAGCCGCAUGCGAUGGUCGUCCUCGAUUCCGUCUUCGCUAUCUUCUGGUUAUCUGCUUUCGCCAGUCAGGCAGCUUACAACACCGCGAAUUCAUGUGGAACAGCUUGCGCUGUCAGCAAGGCUAUCGUCGGAAUAGCCUUCUUCGAAAUUCUCGCAUGGGUUGCGACGACAGCCGUCAGCGUAUACACGCUAAGAUACUACCGACAGACGGAUAGUCUUCCGGGAUACGAGAACCUCGGAACGAGCCAGAACAUCGACCCAGAUAAGGCUGCAUUCUCGAUGGCGCCCCAUGACGAGGAGGCAUAUGCGCCCGUGCACAUGGACGACCAUCACGACGAGCACGACCACGAUACCCCGUAUGACCCGGAUUCUUUCGGUGGCCGACUCGAAACCGAUACCACAUACAGACCGCACAGCACAUCUCCCGCUCCCCUCGAGAACCCCUUCGACAACGCAUACCGAUCACACAGCCAUUCGCCGGCGCACAGCGACCCCUACGGCGACCCGUACUCCUCGGUGUCGUCUAGGCCUCAACCUCACAUAUAUGCCCCGCCUGCGGCAGAGGACUAUGACGACGACAGACCGGUGCAAUUCCCCAGCGCGAACUACGACCGUACGUUGCGUUAGACGGGUUAAGUUGGCGUAGAUGGUAUCCCGCUGCCGGAAUACGCGGUAGCAGCUCGAAGGGGGCAUACCUUACGACGGUAUACGAAUAGUGCCUGCACGAAAGCGGAUAAAGUGUCGUUGGGGAGACAGAGUUGGCGGGCCAGUAUUUAAAAAACUCACGACGGUUGAUUGGUGUUCCGGAUACAUAUUAUGCUCGUUAUAUGGCACUUUAAAAGAUACCAGGAAUAGUGUCUUGCACGCGGAUUGUUGCGAUCAUUAUGUUUGUUUCGAUAGUUCUGGUCUGCAAAUAUAUCCAUUGAAGAUUCUUCUUUUUUUUUCA